AUGGAGGUAUACAAUCCUCUUACACAAGAAAAUGAAAUAUUUGAACCAGAAGAAAUAUCAGGAAUGAUAUUAAAAUAUCUUAGUUUUAUGGCUAAAUCAAAAUUAAAAAAUACACAAAUUAGCAAUGUUAUUAUUACAAGUCCUACAGAAUUUGAUGAUAAAAAAAGAAAUGCUAUUUUAGCUGCUUGUAAAUUGGCAGGAAUAGAAAAUGUUGGACUAGCUAAUGAGCCAGUAGCAGCUCUUUUAGAGUACAAGAGAACUCACAACGAUAUUCUUAGUAAUGGCUCUAAAGUUGUUGUAAUAGACUUUGGAGGAGGAACAUUAGAUAUUUGUUGUUGUAAGAUACAAGGAAAUGAAACUAACACUAUAUCUAUUGGAGGAGAUAAGAAUUUAGGAGGGAAUGAUUUUGAUUCAGCAUUGAUGGAAUUAAUAGAAAAGAAGAUUUAUUCAUCUGAAUUGGUUGAUAAAACAUAUUUCAAAAAAAGACAAGGAAUGUCCCAUUGUGAAAAGGAAAAAAUAAUUAAAGCUAUUAACAGAUUAAAGAAAGAGGCUGAACGAGUUAAAAUUGAACUGAGUAAAAGAAUAGAUUGCGAAAUAAAUUUAAGUUACUUGUUAGCAGAUGCUUAUAGUGAAGAUAUUGAUAUAGUUUUAAGUGUUUCAAGGAAAGAGUUUGAACAAGUUUGCGAAAGUAAAGGAUUAUACAAAAGACUUAUUUCAAAGAUAGAGAAGUCACAGGGCC